AUGGCCAGGCCACCCGACUCGUGGGCCCAGGACCCUUAUGCUCCUCGACAUGGCUCUUACUACCCCCAAGAACAACGCGGCCACGAGUUACGUUUACCUCCAUUACCUAGCCUAGUGACCGGACCACAUGUGAAUCAAGAGCUUUUGAAUAGACCGCAACCAGCAGCCUAUGGACAUGUCCAGUAUGGGGAGCCCUCCGCAGCCUCUUCGCCUCUUCAUCAUAGCCCACAGCCACCAAUGUCAGGCCCUGAGUUACACACAAUGACACCAAAUCCGUACGCUAGACGGCCAGUGGAAGCAGCCGUCCGUCCCCACCCCGCCCAUUCACCGAGUAUGAGUAGCCGGUCCCGAGAGACGCCGGAACGCGUCCAACUACGGCAACCAGUCAGCGAGCCAAGCCCCUUGCAGUCUCAUAGACUACUUUCGCAGCCAAGGCCGGCAGGGGAAUCGCCUCGUCAGUGUCGUUAUGGAGAAAUUCACACAGCCAGGCCUGCUUCGGAAUACCCACAACAAGAUGCUCGUCUUCGGCAAUCUCCACGACCGGUGGAUACUUCGCGACAGACGUGGCAACCUCAACCUGGAUUCCGUGCCCCUGAGCGGAUGAGAAUAUCAGAACUACUAAGCGAUGACCCUAGGACUGGAGAGUCUGGCUCCUCCAAGGCACCGGAGCGUAGAAGAGCGCCUGCCGCAGCCCCUUCCACAUAUAGGCUAAAGGUCCGGCAGCAGCCGGUCGCAGCUAGGUCUUGUGGUUUCGGCGAGAGAGAUCGCAGAGUUAUUGAUCCGCCUCCAAUAGUCCAGGUUUUUAUCGAAGAUGCUAAGGCAUCACCACAGGAAAAAAGUGCCCAACUCAAGUUCCGAUUCUCGGUUAUGCAUUGCACGAUAUGGAACGAGACAGGAGAUCAGGAUUGUUCAGGGAUGCCUGACGACUAUCGGCAGCAGCGAAGACUGAUGGGAACGAUAGUGUCAUCACCCUUUGUGGGUCUUGACGAGAAUAACGAAGAAGGAUGCUUCUUCUGCUUUCCUGACUUAUCUUGCCGGACGCCUGGCACGUUUCGAUUGAGGUUUAGUCUGGUGGUUCUGGAUCCAAACUCGGUACCGGGUUCAAAAACGCCGGUAUGUGCCACGGCUAUGAGCGAUGUAUUCACAGUCUAUAAUGCCAAGGACUUUCCGGGAAUGCGGGCAAGCACGGCGCUGACGAAGAAAUUGAAGGAGCAAGGAUGUCUCAUUUCUAUCAAAAAAGGAAACGAGAGGAACCAUGCACGUGACGACAGUGAAGAGGACGAGGAGGAAGAGGACGAGGGUGGGAGUUCGGCACAACGACGGGUGAAGCGGACUAGGAAGUCGUAA